AAUACAUAUCAAACAUUAAAUUUUCAAUCUAUUAAAAAUACAAUUAAUAAAAUGUGAAUCUAUUUUAAAUUAUACAUAAUUUCAGUAUCAAAAUCAAACAAGAUAUAACUUAAUAAUUGUAUGCGCUGGUACCACUAUUUUUUUAUUGUUAUUAGUUUGAAUAAAUGUAGGAUCGUUAUCAAGUUCUUCAUAUAUGCGUUUUGUCACAGUCGAGUCGUGAUACCUAAUUAAAUUUAGUUUGUGCAAAAAGAAUCAAGUCAAUAUUCUCAGUAUAACGUUUUUGGACUUGAGCCCUUAAACACAAACACCAUCCAAUUACUUUUCAUGUAAAAAAAAUUGAAAAUGUAAAGAUUUCGGGAUUUGUGAUAACAUCGAACGGAUGGACUAUAGAGCGAGCUGGAGAUAAGGAAGGAAGUUCCCGUCGCGACAAAAAUUCUAGAUAUGUAUAAUGAAGCAUAUAUUUUCCAAAAAAACGCAAAAAACAUGAAUAAUACCCACACUACGCGGGUUAAAGUAGCAACUUUAAAGUACCUACACAGCGCAACUUGUUGUUAAAUCCUGCGACGUUUCUUCAUGCAGGUGGCCGUACGAGUUUGGUUUCCUCAUUCUGGUCUUCGUGGUCUAUAUUUGUUAUGAUUUUUACUAAUAUAUUCCUUUUUUUUUUAUUAUUUUAUACUAUAAUUUAUUCCUUAAUUUAAUUAUUAAGUAUAUAGUAUAGAUGUAGAACUACACCCUGUUGUUUUUUAAAGUUGAUUUUUUGAUAAUUAUUAAUUAAACAAAAUAUUUUGUUGUAUACGUGAUAAAAGAUAGCUGCGUUAUCGUAGAUUAAAAUCACGUGGUUGAGUUCUUGAAUAGAUUAUGAGUGACGACUGACGAGUAUUCUUAUUUAUUAGCUAUAACUUAUACCAUUAUAAAUAACCUUAUGAUAAGUUUUUAAUUUCGAAUUGCUCUUAACAAAAUAAAGUAUUAAGAAAAUACUGGUUAUUAUUAUAUACAAUAAAAUAUUAGACUUUUAGUUUAAUGUAUACAUAGUAUUUUAUGUAUACACAAUAGUGUAUACAUUUAACUACAAAUUAACAAUUAUCUCAAAAUGACCAAUAUUGAUUUCAUUAAGACUUUUGAAAAGCUAACUGUGAAGCCAUUGGACUAUUUAAAGUAAGUUUGACACAAAAUUUAAUUUUAUAUUAUUUGUAUUAAGUAUCAUGUGUAUUUUAUUAUAGUGUACAAACUGAUGUUGCUAAAGAAGUAGUCAAUUUUUUGAAACAACUGUACGAUACUACAAAGAGUGUUGAAAACAAAACAAACGCCACUGAGGAUAAUGCUCUUCCAGAAUUAAUCGUCAACGAUUUUGACGAGGAACAAAUAUGGCAAGAAUUAGAACUACAAAAUUCAACACGAUUAAAACAAUUGUCAAAUGCUAUUCAGAAAUGUUCAAAAAGUGAUUUGGUUUUACUCAAGAAGUCUUCUGGUAAUUUAUGUCAAUAUUUUUUAAUGAAAUCUCAUUUAAAUCUACUAAACUGUUCAUAUUUUACAGUAGUUCAAUCAGUUAAAAAAAAAAUUCAAUAGAUAUAUUUUAACUUGAACUAUUUGAAAUUUGCGUAAUACUAAACAACAUAUAUUUUUGUAUUCUUCAAUUCUUACAAUUAUGGUAUUUCAUUAUUACUGCAGAGGUGCAGACCAUUUCGAAUAACACGAGAGCAAAAUAUUAGUUACCAAAUUACCCACCUGCCAUUGGAAAAAGAAAUUUGCUCACUUCCCUUUUAUAUACUUGUUAACUAGGAGUUUCUUCAAAAACCAUAAACAAAUACCUUCAUGGGUACAUGAAUAUAUAAUGACAAUAACGAUUUACAUUACAAAUAAUAUUAAUGUUGGUAUAAAACUACAAAAUAAUAUUGUUUUAAAAAUGUAUACAAAAUUAAAAUCAUUCCACUUUAAUGUUUAGUAAUUUUUAAUAGUUUAUAGUAUGACCAAGAGGGGGGGACACACCUACUGAUAGUCUGGAUUCACAUCUGGCCGGUAUCCCAGCAUUCUAAUCUUGUAUUUAUUUUUAUAAAUUUGUAUUGUCGUAUCAUGUUAUUAUUGAAAAAUUUAAAUAAACACAUUCAGAAAUUAGCACUGGUGUGACAUAUUAUGGUAGUUUAUGUCUUAUUUACCUAUAAUUAAAACUACUACAAUAUUAUAUUAAUUGUUUUAUUAUUUGUAUGUCAUUAUAGCGCUAUAUAAUCAAAAGUCUUUACUUCCUCGUAUCUACAAUAUAAAUAUAAUUUAUUAUUAAGUCUGUAAAUGACCACCGGCCAAAAUUAUCUACCUACCUCCUUACCAAAUGUAUUAAUAUUAUUAAUGGUAUUAGUAAAGAAUAACAAGUUUAUGUAUUGUUUAUGUAAUAAAAUAGAUUAUGUAAAAUAUAUAACUUAAAACAUUUAUAAAAUGAUUUUAUUCUUUGAUAAAAAUAAAAUAUACCUAAACUUUUUUCUGAUUUUCUCUUAAUUUACUGAAACCAAUAGAUUUGUAUUAUAUUUACUAUUUAGUGAUUGUUUUAGUGUUAAAUAAAUAUGAAGCUCUAAGGGAGUUGGAUGAAUCUAAAAGUAAUAAUAAAAACAUAAAUUAUUAAUUUCAGUUUAUUAUUCAUUAUAGAGUUAAUCAAAUAAAAUUGUAUACAUUUAAUUCUUUUAAAUGUUUUAUUACUAUUCUGGUAUCAACAAUUAAUUAUUUUGUUUAUUAUUAAAUUGUAGAUUUGGAGAUAGGUGAUGAUUUGGGCUCGGAUUUUAAUGUAUUUAUAUUUAUUUUUUGGAUUAUCUUACACAAUGCUUUCCAAGCUACAAAUAUAUUUCAAGUAUUCCACGUUGUAACUAUAAAACAUUUUUGAUGCAUUUCUCGUAUUAUGACUACAAAUUUAUUUCAUUAAAACAUUUUCUUAUGAGUGAUAAUAUUAUAUUGGUGGUAUGUGUGGCCAAUUUUCAGAUGCUUUUCGUCUGUUUCAUUUUUUAAAAAGUCUUAUUUUUUAUAGUUUUUAGAUCAUAAAUACAUCUUUUAAAAGGGCAAUGUUUUGAUAUUUUUAGGACAUUUAAAUCUGAAACCUAGUGAUGAUGAUUAUGAAGAUGAUGAUAAUGAUAAUGAUGAAGAUGAAGAUGAUAACGAUGAUGUUAAUGAUAAUGAUAAUGAUGAAGCAGUAGAUCAUGAAGAUGAUGUAGUUGAUGCGGAUGAAAUGGAUGGUGAAGAAGAAAUUGAAACAGAUGAUGAAGAAGAAAUACUUGGGAACAAAAAGUCAGAAACUUCAAAAAAAAGUAAAUAUUAAAUUUAUGUAGUCUUAUUCUAUAACCUUUUUAUUAUUAAUUUCUCUAUUGAUAUCAUUUUAAGUGCUUUUCUUCUUUUUUUUGGUUUUAUUAAUAUAUUUGUUUUUUUAAUUUGUUGACUAUUGUAUUGUUUCAUUAUCUGAUAUUUAUAAGCAUAAAAAGUUGUACAUCAGUACAUUACCAAUAAAUAUAUAUGUAUACAAAUGUACUAAAAGAUAAUGAAAUCUCUUGCCUACUAAUAAUAUUGUUUUCAACUUUACUAGCCAACAAUUCUUAUUUUGUUUUAUUUUGUUUAGCAUUUAAAAAGUCCAUAGUUGAUGAUGAAUUUUUCAAAUUAUCUGAAAUGGAAAAUUUCCUUUUAUCAGAAGAAAAACAAGAAUAUACCAAAGAUAAACCAAUACUUCCAGAGGAUGACAUUGAUAUGUUUCAAAAUCAACAAUCUGAUAAUGAAGUAAAGUAAAAAAUUAUGGAUAUUUUUAAAACCUAUGCAUAAAAACAUUUUUUUUAAAAAAAAAAAUUGUAUUUGCAACUAUAAAUAAUAUUUCUUGUGUAAUAUAGUCAAAUAUAUUAGUAGUGAUUAAUAUAAACUCAUUUCCUGAAUUAAUAGGAAGGAGAUAAUUUUGGUCCUAUGUAUCAAGAAUUCUUUGAGAAUAACACACAAGUAACUGGAAAAAAACCCAAAAAUUUAAAGAAAAGUGUGAGAUUUGAAAUGGAAGAAGAUGAAGAUAAUACAAAUGAACCUAAUGAAAAGAAAAAUGAUUGUAUGUCAACUCUAGAAAAAAGAUCAGAAAGACUUAGUCAACGUAUUGCAAAGUUAGAAGGAGAAGCAGUGUCUGAGAAUAAACCUUGGCCUUUAAAGGGUGAAGUUACGGCUAAAGAACGGCCUCAAAAUUCUUUAUUAGAGGAAGCCGUAGAAUUUGAUGUUUGUACUCGUCCAGGUAAACUAUAUUUAUCCAAGAACGAUAGUUGAAAUAUAAAUCUUCUUCUUUUAUGUUUAUGAGCCUUAAAAUCGUCCAAUAAAUACGUUUCCAAUUUUUUAUAUUUAAUGAUAUUUUUUCCAGUUCAUUUUUGGAAUGUUGUUAGAAUUGAUUGACUGUAAAUAUAUUUUUAACUUAUUAAUUUAUUAUUUAGCGCCAAUAAUAACUGAAGAAACAACAGUCAAAUUAGAAGACAUUAUUCUACAAAGGAUUAAGGAUAAAGCAUGGGAUGACGUAGAGCGAAAAAUUAAGUUAUCUAAUACACCUCAAGAGUUUAAAAAACAGUUAGUGUUAAACCAAGAAAAGAGCAAAGAAAGCUUAUCUCAAAUUUAUGAAAAAGUAUAUUAUAAAAUAAAAUUGUUCAAUACCUGUUUACUAAAUAAAUUAUAAACUGUAUAUAGGAAUUUGUCAAGCAAAGAGAAGCAGCUAAUCCGGAAAACACGAAUAAACCUGAAGAAAUACCAAAAGAGCAUAAAGAAAUUGAUUUCAUGAUGAAAGAUUUAUUUAGAAAAUUAGAUGCACUCACCAACUACCAUUAUACUCCAAAACAGGUAUUUAUUAGUGUGAUUUUAUUAAAUAUAUGAUUAUGUUAAUUCCAUUACAUUAGAUAAUUUUUGUGAGGCAAUAAAAAUCAUUUUUUUUAGAUUCUUCUUUGCUCAGAUUUUCAUUGAUAGCAUUUUUUCUAAAAAGAAAUCUGACUAGGAAAAUACUUUGGGGAGUUCAAUUUUUGAUUUUUCCAAUAAAUGGGAAAAAUAGGUAUAAUAAUAAUAAUAAUAUAUUCAAAACGAAUGAAACGGGCAAUUGCCUAAUAGUACAGGUAAUUAGAUUCUUUAAUGUUAAAUGUUAAAGAAUAUAUCUUAAUAAACAUAAAUAAGAAUAUAAACAAAAAUAAAAUUUAAUAUAACAAAUAUUGCAUAUUAAAAUAUUUUGUGUUAUGUGAUAGUAAUUAGAAUAUAGAAGUGGAACGGGUAUUGUAAGCUGGAAUUUUGAAAGGGACACAUUGUAAUAGAUAAGGAGUAUCAAUUUUGUUAUUGAUUAAUUUAUAAAUAAAGGAAAUUUCUGCUAGUUCACGUCUAGUAGCUAGAGUAGGGAGGUUAAGAAGAGAUCUUACUGAUGUAAGGUCAUGUUAGUUGAUAGAUAUAAUGAAUUUGAAAGCUAUAAACUUUAAAAAACGAUUUUGAACUCUUUCGAUACAAUUAAUGUCAAAUUUAGUGUAAGGACACCAAAUAGUUGAGUCAUAUUCUUGGAAUAAUCUAAUUAACAUUUCUUAAAGUAAUUUAAAAGAUUCCAAAUCUUUAAAAUCAGAUGAGUAUAAUAAACAAUUAUUAAUAAAAAAAAUAUAUGAUGCAUAUGUAAUUAUUUUACCAUAAUAUAACUUAUUGUUAACAAAGUAAUAUUAUCAACUGAAUUCUGCUCAGAAUCAAUUUUUUUUGUUAGUAAUGGUUUAUUGUUUACAGAUAUAUAUUAAAUUAACUAUAACAAUGGUUGCUCCUGUCCCCAUUAUCCUAGGAUAGCCUUUAUAUAUAUAUGAAUAUAUAUAUAUAUAUAUAUUUGAUAUUUUUUUAAUGGCUUAAUUAAGGAAUUAUUUUUUUUAAGGCAAUUCCUGAUUUAAAAAUUAUUAACAAUUUACCGGCUAUAUCAAUGGAAGAAGUAGCCCCAACUGCUACUACUGAUGCAUCAUUAUUAGCACCUGAAGAAAUACAAAGUUUGUAUCUUAUUGUUAUCAAAUUAACUAAAAUGUUAUUUGUUGUUGUAAUAUUAUACUUAAAUAUUUAGGGAAAUUCAAAGCACCAAUUCUGGGCAAAGAAGAACGUACUAGCACAGACAAAAGACGUGAACGUCGUAAGAAGAAACAUUUGCAACAUAAAAAACGUGUAGCAAAAGAAUCUAACAUCAAGAAAAUGGAAAAACAAGGAAUAAAACCUAAGCAUAAUAAAGAAAAUGCUCUUAUUGAACUAAAAAGAUUAACAAGUAGUGGUCAUCAAAUUAAAGAGGUAUAAUUAAUUGCCAGUUAAAAAUAAUAAUUUUAUUCUACUUAUAUUAUGUGCAUGGUUUCAGUUAAAGUCUGUGGAUGACAAAAGUAUGAAAACAUCUAAAGAUUUCUUUAACAGACUACAGGAUCAAGCAAAACAUGAAAAGGAAGGAUACAAAAGAAAUAUGAAACAGAAUGGUAGAAAUAAUAAAAAAUUUAAAAAAUAAACAAAAUUUUUGUAAUUAAACAAUUUAAUUUAAAUGGUCUACAUAUUAUAGUUUUUAUUAAUCAUAAGAUUUGUACGAAAAAUGAAUUAAAUUUGAGAACCAAAUGAUAAAGAUGUUUAAUAAGUUUUAUUUCUUUUAACAACUAUUGGUUUUAUGUAAUUUUUUUAUGUUAAAAUUGACAUUUACAUUUAAACAAACGGGUAUUAAAUAAAUAUAAAAAAAAACAAAUUACAUGUGUCACCAUUUAAUUUUAAAAAUUGGUCUUAAUUAUUAUAAAGAAACAAAUUAAAACUUUUUAUUCUAUUAAGAAUAAUUUGGGAAAGUAAUUAAUUCAUAAGUUUUUGUUUUUCCUUUUCUAAAGAUUUUGCUUUGGCUCUUUCGUACAAUGGUACCAACUUGCCAUCUUUGGCCAAUAACUUCAAUAUUUCCACAAUCAGAGGCAAAUAGUUAUGCUUACGUCGAGCAUUCUCAAUUCUAUAUCUUCUCAUUUUGUCUUCUUCAUUAACAAUUUUUGCACGGAGUUUUUCUUCUUCAGACGAUUUAAUUUCUUCACUCUAAAAAAAGAAAAAUAAUAAAAUUGUAAAAAUCAAUUAUAUUAAUUCAUUAAUAACCGUACUAAAUUUUCAUUUGCCAAUAAAUCUAAUAGUUGUUUUUGUAAGAUUUGUUUUCUGUCUGAAACUACAGCCAUUAAAUUAAAAUGAACUUCUCCUUCUUUAUACCUGCAUAUAAUAAUAAAAUUAAUUAAUAGAAAGUAUUAAUUAACUUCUUAAUUGUUGGCUUACUGGAGUAUUCUUUUUUCAAUAAAUGGUUUUGCUGAAUCAACCCAAUCAGUAUUAGGUGAUAUUACACCUAAAUCAAUAGGACCUUCUUUCAAACCAUCUAAUUCGUAAAGGUGUCCAUCAAUAGGCACAAUUGCGACAAAAUGAAAAGCUUCAUCUGAUCUCGAUUUUGAUUUACCUCCGUCAUCAAAUUCAAAGAUCGAAUUACUUCUGAUUAAAGGGCUGAUUAAAAUAUAUUUAAAAAAAAUAAUACUAACAACAAUUACCUUCCAAAUGAAUUGUGCACAGCGCGUAUCUUCUGUGAAUUACUUAAAGCCAAACCUUUCAUAUUAGCAUCAAACUUUUGAGAAAACUCUUUAAAUUCAGUUAAUGUACUACCAAGAUCAAUAUCUGGAUGACAAGUGUUGAAUAAUACACUUAAAAUAGCCUGUGUUGCACAAGCAUUAUUAAUUACCU